AUGGGCAAAAAGUAUGGAUUUUCUAAGAAAGGGAAGAGCUCGUCGGCCACCUCCCACCGAGCACUGACCAAGCAGCCUGAUUGGCAUCGCGGUGCUGUUCCCAUGGAAGGGCCUCUGUCAAAAUGGACGAAUGUCGUGCAGGGAUGGCAGUACAGAUGGUUCGUGCUGACCGAAGAUGCGAUAAUUUAUUAUACAUCGAGAGAUAAGAUGCUGAAACGCCAGCAGCGCGGCUGUAUGAGGUUACGCGGAGCCAUCGUUGGUAUAGAUGGCGAAAACGAGAGCCUCUUCACGUUGACCCAAGAUGGCAAAGUAUUUCACUUGCAGGGUCGCGAUGAGAAAGAGCGGAACGAAUGGGUAAAAUCGCUGGACGCGGCGAUUCGACAUUGUAGCGGAUAUCCACCACCAGGUGCCGGCAAGAAGUCGCGUUCGAUGAGCAAGCCGGACACGACCCACGACGGACUACGCCAGAAGAUCUCCGAGGCCGACUCGCUGAUGGCCAAAUUUGCUCAACAGCUCAAAGACAUCUCACCGGCACGCGAGCGACUCAACGAGACUGAAAAAGCCUCAUUUGACGAGCUGCUGUCAACGGGGACUCGGCUUGUCGAUACGAUAAAGCAUUCCGUGAUCCUCGUCCAAAUGUCGAGGAAUCAAAUCGAGCUCGACCCCGGUUCAAGGCUGCCAUCUUCAUUUUCAAAUAAUGAGGCAGAAAAAGGGGCAACACCAAGCCAUCUUCAAGUCAAGGUCCCGCCGAUCAGCUACAGCUCCAGCGACGACGAGUUCUACGAUGCCCAGGAUAACGAGGAGGAGGAGGAGAGCGACAAUGAGGACGAUUUUGCUAGGGAAGAACCCAAUCGCGAGACAGCCUCCAUUGCCACGCUCACCACCACCAACCCACGAACAUCAAAGGCGGCGGUUGACGAGCUCGACAAAUACGACUUUGGCGAUGAUCACGAGGAUUUCGACGAGAUCUACGACAACGCCGAGGAGCACGACAUUGGGAAUGUGCAACAGGAGCACGGAUCGGUGCUUGUCCACCUUCUCUCCCAAGUGUCAGUUGGCAUGGAUCUGACAAAAGUGACGCUGCCGACCUUCAUCCUGGAGCGCCGCUCGCUCCUCGAAAUGUACGCCGACUUCUUCGCCCAUCCGGACGCGUUCGUGUCGACCAGCGGCCUGGAGAGCGCCGAAAAACGUUUUGUCGCCGUCGUUCGCUACUACCUGAACGCAUUCUACGCUGCCCGAAAGAGUGGUGUCGCCAAGAAGCCGUACAAUCCGAUCUUGGGAGAAACUUUCAGGUGCCGAUAUAAAGUGCCGCAACUCGAGGGGGGUGGUGGGAAGACGGCCAGGGGCCCCUUCCCCGGCUCCGACGACAAUCACUUGACGUUUAUUGCUGAACAGGUAUCCCAUCACCCGCCAGUGUCCGCGUUCUAUGCUGAACAUCCGGGACGUCGUGUCUCUUUCCAUGGCCACAUCUGGACGAAGAGCAGCUUCCUCGGUCUUUCUAUUGGUGUGGCAAAUAUCGGCUCGGGCACGGUAAUCCUGCACGAAUACGACGAGGAAUACACGGUCACCUUCCCCAGCGGCUACGGGCGCUCCAUCAUGAGCACGCCGUGGGUUGAAUUGGGUGGAAAGGUGAAGAUCAUUUGCGAGAAGACUGGCUACUACGCGGACAUUGAAUUCUUGACAAAGCCGUUCUUUGGUGGCAAGCCCCAUCGCAUCCAAGGCAACGUCUACCACGAGGGCGGCAAGAAGCCCAUCUUGACCAUCAAGGGCGAGUGGAACUCGGUGAUGUUUGCCAAGCCCGUUCACGGCGACGAGUACGUGUUCAUCGACGUCAAGGCCGAGCCGGAGGUCAAGAAGGAGUGCGUGCCGGUGAUGCAGCAGGGCGAGCGGGAGAGCCGACGGUUGUGGCGGCACGUGACGGCUGGACUGCUUCGGAACCGCAUCAACGUGGCCACGACGGCCAAGCGCAUGAUUGAAGAACGCCAGCGGCGAGAGGCCAAGGAACGCACGCAGCGCGGCGAGACCUGGAAGUCAUCCCUGUUCGAGAAGGUCGGCGACCGUUGGGUGUUCCGCGACUCGCUCGAAGACCGCAAACCCACCGAAGCU